UUAGUUUUCAAACUUUUAAAGAUUAUGAAAACUUGUUUGAUUUGAUUUGAAUGCUAUGAAAAAACGAAAAUGGAAAAUUUCGGUGAAAAAUCUAUGUGGAAAAUAUUACGUUUAUUAAUUAUAUUAUUUAUAUUUUAUAGUCAUUUAACGGAGGCUGGAUGGAGUUCACAAUGUUGGAAAAAACAUAAUUCCGGUUCAAUACAAACGCCUGAUGGUGAAUUUCGACGCCCAUUUGGUAUUUUAUGUACAUAUCAGUGUUUUUUGUGGUUUCAGCCAGUCUUCCCCUAUUGUGAAUUCAUUUUCGAUCUAAGAAUGUCCCGUCAUUUUACCACCUUGCCCGAUUGCUAUGAAAUCCAUUGCAAUGAAACCUUUACAUUUUUCAACGAUCCCAAGUGAACAAAAACAAAACUCCCCAAAUCUUAUAUUUAAUGUUUAAUACUCAACCAAAACCAAAGCAAAGCAACAUACAGUAUAAUCGACAUAUAAAUUUUAGCUUUUAAAUUAAAUAAACAAAUAAAUAUUAAAUAAAAUUUAAUUAAAAAACA